AUGGCAGCCUUCAAAGAUGAGCUGCCAACCGUCGACGGCCUCGAGCCGGUCCACAAGCCAACCCCACCACAUCCUGACCUCGUAACCCCGCCAAAUCAGAGCGUCGAGGCGUUGAAAGACAUUUCCUUUGGGUCAAUAGCAGGAGUGUUGGGCAAAUUUGUGGAAUACCCGUUUGAUACGGUCAAGGUCCGGCUACAAUCUCAGACGACCGAACUUGGGCCUCAUCGGCUUCGAGGACCGCUCGAUGCCUUCUCCGCUGCGUUUCGAGCACCCGAGGGACCUCUGGUCUCGUUGUACCGUGGAAUCAGCGCGCCGCUUCUGGGGGCGGCAAUCGAAACAUCUUCCUUGUUCUUCAGUUAUCGGAUUGCCCAGGACAUCAUUGUGGCGAACUCUGCAUCCCUCCGCCUGCUCCGAGACCAGAACGGCGGUAAAAUCGAGCUCCCUUUUUCUUACCUCCUCGGAUGCGGGGCUGCCUCGGGGGCGUUUACUUCUCUCCUUCUUACUCCCAUUGAGUUGGUGAAAUGCAAAAUGCAAGUCCCUAUCCCACCCUCUGAUAUGGCUGCAAAACUUGGCUACACAAGCGCGCAACCUCCUGGGCCUCUGGCACUAGUCCGCACAAUAUUCCGUACCCAAGGCAUUCUCGGUUUCUGGCAUGGCCAACUGGGGACUCUGAUCCGCGAGACUGGGGGAUCGGCUGCUUGGUUCGGCUCCUACGAGGGUGUCAAGAUGCUGUUCUUGAAAUACGACCCGUCGGUGUCACAGAUAGCGGACGUCAAAGUCUGGCAGCAGAUGUGUGCUGGCGCCGCUGCAGGAAUGUCAUACAACUUUGUCUUCUACCCCGCCGAUACGAUCAAAUCGCGGAUGCAGACCAGCGUUGCCGACGCCGCAGUGGUCAAGAAAAUGACCUUUGCAUCUACGGGUCGUCAAUUAUGGCGCGAGCAGGGGCUCAAAGGAUUCUAUCGUGGCUGUGGAAUCACAGUUUUCCGAAGUGCCCCGAGUUCGGCUAUCAUUUUCAGUAUAUACGAGACCUUGAGGAAGUAUUUUGGGUAG